AUGGUGGUCUUUUAUUUCUAUGGACCUGAAAUAAAGGGAUUUGACAUCCGGCUACUUCAUCUAACCCAGAUCGACAUAAGUGCAGCGGAGAGUGGCAUCUACGAAAAUGAGCCGGCUCGACGCGACGACGUGGUGCGCUACGAUGAUGACCAAACAGACCUAUAUCCACCGAACUCGGUCAAGUGGGCAUCGGAAGCGAAGAACCGUUUUAUACAAGAAGCGACAAAAGCACAAGAGCGGAAUCAGCGGCAAACUGUCGCAGUGGUGGAUGACCCAGCCGCAGAACACCGUUUUGCCACGGAGGCGAAACAGGCAUUUUUAGAACGUCAGCGAGAAGUCGAGGAGGCAAAAAAGAACAAAGCUCGACCGGAUAUCAUGGAUAUUUGGGGUGAACAAUGUCCGCACAGUGGAGUGUUUGAAAAUACGCCAGCAGCUCGUUCAGCUGAUGUGGUGGCCGGUUACAGCAGCUCCGAGGAAGAGGAGACAGAAGAAGGUGAAGAGGAGGUAGAAUGA